GCUCACGGUCGUUCCCGGAUAUUUUUUAGUUAAGGUUAAGCUGUAUUCACCAGCAGAGCGCUUCUAAGGCUGCGGUCACAAUUCCCAUCUAAGAUCAUGAAGAUUCCAAGUUUAUUGGCUUUUCUAGCUGUAGCGGCUUGCUUUGUGUCUGCAUGCAACGGCGCUAAGCCCGCGUUGCUGAAACCAAGUUUUCUGAAGGGCAUGGACAGAGUUUUGGUCAGCGAACGUUUUGUGUUUAUUCAAGACUUCAUGAAGUUUUGCCAAUCUUACGAAACAGAAAGAUGGUUAAACCUCACAGGCGUUGUUUGUUUUGGUGCCCCUGGCAACGAGUUUGCGACUGCUGUGAUCCCAAUGGAAGGCUUUCUUCUGUCAAUCAAACUGGUACACGUGACUGGUCAGGUUUCAUGCGACAAAAGCUUGCCUCAGUACAAGAGUAAGUGGGGAUGUCCUCGAAGUCAUCCAGUGUAUGGUGGAACGCCGUUCAACGUCGUCAUAACAACGGGGAAAACUAACAGCAUCAUCUACCCGACGGAAUUGUCUCUGAGGGAUAAAGGAGAAUCUCUGUGGUACGAUAUACCAGAAGUGGAACCCGACUCACCGGAACUAAUCUUUGGAGAUUCGUCACAUCCGUAUUACGUUGCUUCCGGCCAGGAGCUGCGUGUGUGGCUUGCAGAAGACCUGAUGAAUUCAGGCGGGAAAAAAAACGAUGGAAAAGUUUGCUUUACAGUACAGGGCUGGUUCAUGUAUUGAACAUGACUGAUCACAUGACAGAUCACAUGAUCUAAUGUAACCCAUGGUGAUUUAAUUUAAUGUAAAUUGUAACCUAAGUUGUAACCUAUGUUGAUUACUUUGACAAGGGUCAAUAGCUGGGUGAAUAUUUUGGGUUUCUCAAAAAUAAUCUUACUUUGCAUGCCUGAUUUAUCAAAACUUAGCUCGUUGUGUUAGAACUUUGUAGACAUCUUAGACAUGUUAUUGAAUAUUACUGACCGCGAGUAUCUUCUGAUUCCUUACCUGGCUUUCUGUUAGCACCUUAUAUUAUUUGAACGUUAAUAGCAUACAUAAAAAGGCUUUUUACGACGACUUUUGGUCAGUUUCGGUGCCUGCCGACAACCAGUCUCUUGUUAUUAGGAGAAAGUUAAUAGAAUAAUAAUUAACAAUUAGAUUAUGAGCUCGAGAUUUCUAUGAGGUGAUAGUUGAU